CCGGCUCCGUCUACCACGCCACCAACGGACGUCAGGUCAUCCCAUCACGAAGAAGACACAGAAUAUUUGUCUAAAGCCUCCUAUACUGCCGCAAGCGAGUCGUGUGUUCCUCCCUCCCCGUCUGCCGCCGCCGCGGAGGUCGCCCGAGCUGCCACGGAUGGCAGAGUCCCCGACCAUCGCCGGCCUGCAACUCGCAUUGCAGAACAUAUCCCAGCCAUUUCUGAGUUCAAGGCACUCAUGGUUGACGAAGUCAAUGAGAAGGAUUUAUUCCACGGUGUCGGGUUGGGACGCGCAAUGGGGACGGGACACUUGCCUCUGAGGCUGGUGAAGCUCCCUGUCGAUGACGUCUCCAAAGUUGCUGUUCUUUCAUGGCGCUGGGAUGGGGACCUCGAGGUCCGCGGCUCCAAGAAUAUUGCAAUCGCGGUUCACCAAGCCAAGAAAAUGGGCGUUCGAUACCUUUUUAUCGACCUUGUCUCCAUCGAUCAAUGUCUGUCUGGGGACGCGCUGAUGGAACAAGUGGUCUCGUUCUCAUCGCUCUACAGCACCAUAACAGUCAUUGCUGCAUACGACAAGGACGGAGAGAAUCGCGGGAGAACCAUGCAUCGCCCGUGGAUCUCCAGUGAGGUGCGGCAGUUCCUAGACAGCCCCGCCAAGACCGUGUACGUCACCCACAAGUCCACCACAUUACGUUCGGCGCUCUUAUCCCCUUUGUUCUGUGGUACGCUGUCACAAAUCAGGAGAGGAGGUUUCGUCAAAACAAUUCUCGGCAUUCUUUGCGAUAAAAUCGGGAUGGCUUGCGUCUCUGACCUCAAGUUCAUCAUCCCACCAUACGCGCGGAUUCUUGCCGCUGCCUAUGAGAAAAUGAGUCGAAACGACUAUCUCCUGACAGCCGCGAUCCUCUGCCGUAUCCAUGCACCAGAAGGGAUCUUCAUCUUAUGGAAUAUCAGAGCCAUGAACUACAAUCGGUGCAGUUUCGAGGAGAUUGGGGAUGUGAAAGACGGCUAUUUCUCAUGGACCGUUUACCAUAUCUUCCUCGAUCAGAUCCAGAUCGGGGAAUUGCGGCGCGGUCCUAUCGGGGGAACAUACGACCUCUGUUACUCGUUCGACGCUUUACCACAUGCGGAGCAUGUCAUUUUCGCUGCACUUGGAAUGACAGACUCUGCCUAUGGAGAGUUUGUUGCACAGGCAGAAAUACGACGCGCUUGUCUCAGGACGAAAGCACACAAGGAUGAAGCCAAAUGGCGCAAGCCGCACGUUAUUUCCGUUACCCUGUAG